AAUGAGAUCACAACUGUGUCGUUGAUCGGCUCCUGACAGGUACGGUGAUGUCGCCAGCCAGCGGACGACGGCUACCGACAGCGGUGGACAGGCCACCUUGUUCCGUGUCUAGUAUUUAGGGUUAAGGGAUGAAGUGCUGCUUCGGUCGGAAGGCAACAGCUAACGUCACACCGGACUGCGGAGGACCGAAGCCUACCGAUGUAGCCUAGCACCCUGCUAGCUAGCCACGGAGAGAAAGCUGUGGUUGUCCUGCAUGAUGUGUGAAGGUCGUGAGGCUAGAGAGCAGUGCCUGUCCCUCUCUCCUUCAUCUUGGGCCAGCCCUCCCGUUUAACCAUAUACCCGAAGUCUCUCGCCCAAUCUGCCAAGAUGACCGACAGGAAGGAGCCACCCUUCUUUAAUGAUGACAGCGUGGGAGCGUUUCACUAUAAGCUCCCUUUCUAUGACACUAUGGAGCUCUUCAUAGAGACACUGACAGGGACCUGUUUUGAGCUGCGUGUGUUGCCCUAUGAGGCUGUCAUUUCAGUCAAGGCAAAGAUCCAGAGACUGGAAGGUAUCCCUGUUGCCCAGCAACACCUUAUCUGGAACAAUCUGGAGCUGGACGAUGAACACUGUCUACAUGACUAUGGUAUUGCAGAGGGCUGCACUUUGAAGCUGGUCUUGGCUAUGAGAGGAGGCCCAAUUAACACCAGGAGAGUAACCAUGGAUGAUCCUAUCAAAGAGGUUUCUGACCUGCUGGAGAGCACAAAGGAGGAGGGUUGGGAGAAAAGCCUGUCCAACAAGCAGGUUACGUUCGUGGUCUAUCGAGAAAAUGACCAGCUAAACUUCUUCCGAGUGGUCGACAGGGGAGAUGGCACCUUGACCCCUCUGUCUGAAUCCAUGAGUGGUGGCUCGGUGUACAACGUGUGCGCAGAGGAGGAGGAGGAGGAGGAGGAGGAGGAGGAGGAUGCAGAGUGUUCUGCAGCUACACAGCAAAGCCUUGAGAACUCCAUCACCCUGAACAAAAUGAAGCUACUCAAAGCCAAGAUGGAGGACAUGAACCUAAACAAGAAGCCGAAGAAGUCAGCAAAGGUAAAACCACGCCCCCCUGUCAACCCACAUCCCUGCGCUGUGCCUACCAGCACACGACACCACCAUCGCCUCUUUCGUUCUCUCUCCCAUAUAAACCAGCCUUGGCAGUCAAAUGUACAACUACCUCCAAUCGCGGACCACGAAUCCAUAGACCCCUUCCUGCCCUCUGCUGCUGCAUCCUCUGCCCACUUUUCUGUCCAUAGACGACCCCCUCCAUCUUUCUCAUCGCCAUCUUGUUAUAUGCUUCAGGAGGAGGAGCCAUGGGAGACAUGCCCACCAUUUGCAAAGAUCCGGCCCCCUCCCAAAGUGUCCCGGUUGGACAUUGGCAGCACCAGGUUGAUGAGGGACUGUGUGUACCCUCAGCUCCCUCCACUGUGUAUCAGAGGUCCACCUGAGGCAACCUUUGACCCAGCUGAGCCCGCAGGGGAGGCAGUAGGGCUGAGUUUGUUAGAGGAAGCUCCUGGGCUGAUGUUGCCAGCUCAACCUGGAGCUUUGUUUGGGGAACUGUUGGACCAUCUGAAUCUAGAUGUGUCCACCGAGCCAGAGGGAGGUCGUGGGUCACUCGAGGUUGGGGCUCAGCACCAGUUGCCGCUCUCCCCAUCCCCACUCGGUACCUGGACACUUGGGACAAGUGAUACUCUCACCAGCAGAGGUGAUGGGACACUGCUCGGCACACCUUUUCAUAUCGACCCGCCCUCGCCAUUGCCCGUCUCCCCGUCACCAUCAACUUCUACCAGACCGCUGCCUCAGGCUUUUGAUUCCAUGAUCUCCUGUUUACAGCCCAACCUACAAGCCCAAUCUGCAGCACAAGUGAAGCCAGGUAGCACAUCCCCUCACCCCUCCACCACCUUGUCAACUCAUCAGCUAAACAUUCGUGGUGUUAAAGUGGAGUCACCUGGCAAGAGGCCAGAGCUCAUCACCAAGAGGGAAGCAAGAGGCAUCACUAAGAUGGCCAACCAAGCCUGGAAGGAGCCGGUUGGGACCCUGAACAACUCUGAACUCUUGGCAUCUCUCUCCAAAAGGGCUCCAGCCAGCAGCAGCAGCAGCAGCAGGGAUGGCCUUGGAGAGAGUCUGGGACUCACAUUUGCAUUGCCCCCUGCCACGGCCUCAGGACCGGGCAGCCUUGGCUCCAGGCUGCCAUCCAUCCCAUCUAACAGGCUCCUUCAGGAUGACCUGAUAAGACAAAUGUCACCGUUGCACCGAGCAGCAGCCUCCUACAUGGCCACCAACCCUCUGGCAUCAGCCGGGGGAGUCAUGACAUCAUUCGGGAGAAUAGGCACUCCAACAUACCACCUACCUCCAGUCAAGGCUCCCACAGGCAGCAAGAAGAAGAGCUCAAAGCAUUGCUUCCUCUGUGGCAAGAAGACUGGCCUGGCCACCAGCUACGAGUGCAGGUGUGGUCACAACUUCUGUGGCACCCACCGCUACGCAGAGACUCACAGCUGCACUUACGACUACAAGGGUGCCGGACGGAGAUUUCUGCAAGAGACCAACCCUCUCGUCAGUGCUCCUAAGCUGCCUAAGAUCUAGAUCAUUCAACCCGUGCAGAGAGACGGAACUUAUUCACCACUGUGUGCUUUUUUUUUUUUUUUUUUUUUUUUUUUUUUUUUUAAAUCAGCCAAGUUUGCUUAAAAUUUAGAUAAAAUAUUCUGUAAAGCCAAGUGUGAACAAACAAGAGUAGACUGAAAUGGCAAAGAACUGAUUAUCACUUCUUGACAAUGUGAAGAUGUUUAUCCUUUUUAUCUGUUACCAAGCUCUUUUUCCAUUCCAUAAAAACAAAACUACAAAAAUGCUUGUAUGUAGGUAGUUUUCUGCUAAAUAUAACUGCUGCACGUUCAGACAUAUCUUUUUUUUAGUUUGUCAGCCUUUUUAAAAAAAAAAAAAAAAAAAAAGAUAGGACCGCUGAUGACUUUUCAUUCGACAAGUCUUUGAAAGAUGCACUUUAGAACUAUCAUAUUUAUACAUUUGACUUUCCUUAUUGUGUCGGGAAAGAAUACUUACAUUUCUGUGUUUUGUCUUAUAAAGUGUUUUAUGUUGUCGUCACUCAGAUUUUUAUAUUCUUCACCUCUAAAUGUCUUGCUUACAUGGGCACAUACAUACAGACAUCACUAAUGAAAUCUUUCUCGAUAAAGAACAGUACACCCGCUCAUUGAUGAAAUACUUAAUAUUUAUUAAUGAACAGUACUUAUUUAAAAUUAAGGUUGGUUUUUAAGAUACUAAGUAUGCAAUGUGUGUAAGUGUGAAUGUCAGUUGUAAUCUGGUUGCUCUGUAAUUCUAUCAAGUAAACUGUAUUAGGAUGGGGGGGGGGGGGGGGUUAUGAUAUUUAUGAUGUGUCUACAGGUAAGAUGCUUGCCAUAAAAAAUAUUUUGUAAGUCUUUUUUAUUGCUCAGCUGUUGCAAAAACUUAAAAAUGCUGUUAUAGUGUCUACAGGAGUUUGAUCUAAUAAAGUUUCUUUCCAUAUA